UUGCUAGACGUAUUAAUUCACCUGGUCAAACGACAAGAAGAUUUAAGAAUAAAGCGGCUAUGCCUAAAGUUUUACGACGUCUCUGGCGAGAAGGGAAAAUCGUGUCAUCUGAAGUCUGACUGUGGAGUUCACGAACUGUGCUGCGAAACGCGCAAAGGAAUGAAAUGCUCGACCAAGAAGAAGGAGAAAAAGAAAUGCAAUGACGGAGAGCUUCCCGGCAAAAUUUGUUCGAUGCACUACGAAUGCGACUUUCAGUGGAAGUGCGAGGACGGUCGUUGCUGCCCUGCAUUUGGAAGGCUGUCGCCACUGAACCUCAUUGCAAACACUACUUCACAACCAAAGGAGGAGAAGAAGGAAGAGGAAAAGGAAGAAAACUUCAGGCCGCGCAAAGAAGAAGAAGAAGAGUCAAGACGUGGAGAAUUGAAUUCGCACUCUGAGGAACACGUCAACAACAGACUAAUCGAUUCCAGAAACAAUCGAAGAGCUCCUUCAGUUAAGGUAGGACACGCAACGAAAGAAUCUGAUAUACAAAAGAAUGCUCAAGCCCUAAAUCACUUGACGGAACCUCCAGAAAAAGAAGAAGAAAAAAAAGAGAAAUCUGAGAAAGAACAUCGUCCAAAUUCUAAUGAAGCGCAUCCUGGGGGCAAAGAAGAAAAAGGCGAAAAAACGCAUUUUACCGAGUUGAGAACAGAAGAAACUGGUGAACAUCAUCCAGCAGAACUCAUAGCAGAAGAAGCUGAAAAAGAAGAGGCUGAAUCAAAAGUAGCGCCAAACGGGGAAGCGGACAGACGACACAAUCACGAAAUGUUUGAGCAUCUAGAAGAACAUGAAAAUUCUGAAAAGCGGCAUCGAAUUUCUGAGAUGUCUGAGCACAGGUAA